UAUAGAUACAAUCGAUUCUAACCCGAAGCAGGCCUGGAUUUCCUGAUAUGGUUCAUUUUCACCAUUUAAACGAGACACAGAAAGGGUGCCGACUACAACGGUAUUUUAAGAACGAGUUCCCCUUAAACGAGCCCAGACCUGCCCUUUAAUACGGCCAGCUCCUCCGCCAUGUAUCCAAUGUCGGCAUAACACAACAGCGGGACCCUCAGUUUCUACAUCCUUUGCGCCCUUCUCUGUCCGCCGUGUCAUCAGCGAGUGUCUGUCCUGCCAUGCACCGGGUCACAUCGCUGCUGCCUGCCCUUCUUUUUGUUUUGCUGCCGGGCCUGAGCCAGGGGUAUUUCCCCGAGGAGCGCUGGAGCCCCGAGUCUCCGCUCCUUGCUCCCCGGGUCGUCAUCGCGCUGGUGUGCCGUAACUCGGCACACUCUCUGCCGGCGUUCCUAGGAGCCAUCGAGCGCCUGUACUACCCGAAGGACCGCAUCGCGCUGUGGGUGGCGACAGAUCACAACAUAGAUAACACCACAGCCCUACUGAGAGAUUGGCUCAUCCAGGUGCAGAAUGACUAUCACUAUGUGGAGUGGAGACCUGACGAUGAAUCCAGUGCCUUUGAGGAUGAGGUGGGGCCUAAGCACUGGAAUAACCUACGCUAUGAACACGUAAUGAAGCUUCGCCAGGCAGCAUUGGACACAGCCCGUGAGAUCUGGGCCGACUACCUCCUGGUGGCUGACUGUGACAACCUGCUCACCAAUCCAGAUGUGCUAUGGAAACUGAUGAGAGAGAAUAAGACCAUUGUAGCUCCCAUGUUGGAGUCCAGAGCUGCGUACUCCAACUUCUGGUGCGGCAUGACUUCACAGGGUUACUACAAGCGAACACCAGCCUACAUGCCCAUCCGUAAGCAGGAGCGCCUCGGCUGUUUCGCUGUACCGAUGGUCCAUUCAACCUACCUGGUGGACCUGCGGAAAGAAGCCUCUCGUCAGCUGGCUUUUUAUCCACCGCACACAGAGUACAGCUGGCCCCUGGAUGAUGUCAUUGUCUUUGCCUACUCAGCUCGCAUGGCAGAUGUGCAGAUGUAUGUUUGCAACAAAGAACCGUAUGGCUAUUUCCCAGCACCUAUGCGUUCCCAUGCUACUCUGCAGGAUGAAGCAGAGAGUUUCUUGCACACUCAGCUUGAGAUCAUGGUGAAUAAUUCUCCGUUGGAGCCCUCCAGCUUCCUGUCUCUUCCUCCCAAGCAGCCAAACAAGAUGGGCUUUGAUGAGGUGUUUAUGAUAAAUCUGGUGCGGAGAACUGAUCGUCGUGAUCGAAUGCUGAGAGCGCUGUAUGAGCAGGAGAUCAGCUGUAAGGUUGUUGCUGCUGUGGAUGGCAAAGCUCUGAACACGUCUGACAUAGACGCCAUGGGGAUUAAGAUGCUACCAGGUUACAAAGACCCUUAUCAUGGUCGACCCCUGACCAAGGGUGAACUGGGCUGUUUCCUCUCUCAUUACAACAUCUGGAAGGAGAUAGUAGAUCGUGGUCUACACACUUCCCUGGUCAUAGAAGACGACCUCCGCUUUGAGGUAUUCUUCAAACGACGUCUCCAGGCACUGCUGCAGCAGGUGACGACACACAAGCUCGACUGGGAUCUCAUUUACAUUGGACGCAAGCGAAUGCAGGUGGACCAUCCAGAGAAGUCUGUACCAAACAUCCACAACCUAGUAGAGGCUGACUACUCCUACUGGACAUUAGGCUACAUGUUGUCAUUACAAGGAGCGCAGAAGCUCCUCAGGGCCGAGCCUAUGACCAAGAUGCUUCCUGUUGAUGAGUUCCUUCCUGUCAUGUAUGACAAACAUCCGAUUUCAAAGUACAUGGACCACUUUGAGCAUCGGGACCUGCGUGCAUUUUCCGCCGAGCCCCUCCUGGUAUAUCCAACCCAUUACACAGGAGACGCAGGCUACAUCAGUGACACUGAAACAUCAGUAGUCUGGGACAACGAGACGGUGAAAACUGACUGGGACCGUGCCAAGUCGAGGAAAACUCAAGAGCAGGAGGAGCUGAGCUUUGAGGCCAAAAACUCUGACGUACUGCAGUCUGAACUGGAGAACUGGAGCGCACGGGAUGAGCUGUGAUGAAGAACAGAGGACAUGAGGAGGAGGGAGAGAGAACAAAGCUGUGAUAUUAGGGGAAAUGGAUAAGUGGGAGGGACUUAACAGCAUGCAAGUGAAGAGGUAGGACAGGCAGAGUAGAUGGACAAAUGAAGUGCUCUUCCUCAAACAUUUCUCUCUUCACUGUUUGACCUUUCUCCUCAGUGAUGAGGUUAGAUGAAGAGUACACUCUUGAAGAGUAAGCUAGCAGCUUUUUUUAAUUUAUUGCAUCCAACGCACAUCCAGUGACUGUAGCCUGGUCCAUUGUUUUUAAUUUAAAUUUGCCCAGACUCACCUUGUAGAAUAUCAAAUAUAAAUUCCCUAAUAAAUUUGAGUGCAUUUGCCAAACAAAAAAGAAGCCGCUAUUAACCACUUCACAUGUACAAAAUGUCACCUAAUUAUAAGUUAAAGCUGCAGUAUGUUUUGAGUAAAAACAAAAUGGGAUGAGUUACAAAAAGCUGAAAAGCUCUAAUUGAAGAAGACAGUAUCAGUAAAGUGUUACCAUUGCUAUACCCCACAAUAUUUUUUCAGUAUUAAACACAUAGUAUGUCAUUUCUGCCUCUAAGGGUCUCUUAAGCUAAACAGUAACAAAAGACAAAUGAUUACGUUGUUAAAUGGCAGAAUCAUGGGAGCUGUAAUCAUCGUUAAACAACAACCUUUGCCAAAGACAACCAAUCUGACAUGACUCAGACAGAAGAUCUUCUUGGGUCAUUUAGUUCACCUGUAAGUUUGCACUUUAUAGGGACAGCUUCAGCAACAGAAAGCGCAGCAAACAGCACCAAAUAAUCGUUCUCCAUCACGAGUGAGAAAUACUAACAGUAGUAAAAAAUAGAGUGGCUUGCUAGCUAGUUCGUUGAGUUCCUUCCUCAGUCUCUGAUGUAUCAUCUGGUCUUUCCUGUGUUUCUGUAGAAGUUAUAGCAAGUAGAGGGGGUAAAGAGAAUGUGAUGCCAUUGACAUGCGACCUAAAGAAACAGACUUUUACCUUGAUUAAAGUUGCGGGAUUUGAGACAUUUGAGAUAAUUUAAGUUCACAACUCAACAAAAUAUAUAUGUUUAAUUGGUUUUAGGUAUUUUAAUGUGGAAAACAUAUUAUGUCUAAAAGGAAGCCUGUUGCAUGUUUACUGGUAGUGAUGAGAUUAUCCUUUAAUGUACAA